AGGUUCAGACAGCAGGAGAUUGGUGUGGCUCGGUGCGGAAGUGACGUCAUAGUCAUUUCCGGAUGGUUUCGCUGGACGGAGGCAGUGUAGUGCAGAAGUCUACAGCUGGUGAUCGAUGUUUUGUUCCUUAAACUACAACUGAGAAAAUGCAGAACAACUAUAAAGGCAACUUAAAUCAAGCAGCUCCGAAUCCAAAUGGGAGAGCAAAAUUCGCAUGCGAUGACUGCAGCUUUUCCUGUAGUUCCUUGCAAAAUUUUAGAAUCCAUCUGCAAUUGUACAUAACAAGUCAAGUGAAAGCUUUAAGUUCCAGAAAAGCCAAAAUGGAGUGUGGUACUGGAAGCUCAGCCAGCAAUUCCAAAAUUAAACCAGAUGGUGCAAGCUCAGCCAGCAAUUCCGAAAUUAAACCAGAUGGUGCAAGCUCAGCCAGCAAUUCCGAAAUUAAACCAGAUGAUGCAAGCUCAGCCAGCAAUUCCGAAAUUAAACCAGAUGGUGCAAGCUCGGCCAGCAAUUCCGAAAUUAAACCAGAUGAUGCAAGCUCAGCCAGGAAAACCGAAAGGGAGCAUAGAAGUGAAAGCUCAACAAGAAAAACCGAAAUGGAGCAGGGUAGUGGCAGCUCAGCCAGAAAAACUGAAAGGGAGCGUGGUGGAAACUCAGCCAGAAAAACCCAAAGAAAAAGCAGUAGUGAAACCACAGCAGAAAAACUGAAAGGGAGACUAUUAGUGAGAGCUCUGCCAGAAAAACCAAAAGGAAAUGUGGUGGCAAAAGCACUGCCAGAAAAAAUGAAAUGGAAAGCGAUGGUGAAAGAUCAACCAGAAAAACCAAAAUGGAAACCGAUAGUGGAAUCUCAGCCAGGGACUGUGCCUGGGAACAGCGGAAGAAAUAUUGCGAAGUUAAAAGAUUAUAUAGCAAGAACAGACAGGGAGCCUCUCAUUGGUUUGGAGUAUGUCCUAGAAUAUUGUUUAAAAAAAGGAAAUGAAUCAGAAAUUAAAUAUUUUUGUCAUCUGUGUGAAUGCGACACAGAUGUUGACCCUAUGGUAGAGCAUCUGGCUGGGUUUGGACACCGAAAACUUUAUCUGGCAAAAGAAUAUCCAUAUGUUCUAAAAGCUCAGCCAAGCAGCAAAGAAGAUCAAUCUCAAUUCAUAAGAAGAAUGGCUUUGGAGAUAGAACGGGAAGAGGGAACAAAGAUGUACAUGAUUAAUUCAUCAAUAUGGACGGAAACUGUGAUGACUCUCAGAACAGCAGACAAAAAAAUGAGAAAGAAAACAAGGUGGGAUGAUAACAAGAAUGAUGAAACAAGAAUGAAGAAAGCACUAAAGUUUUUGGAAAAAUUUGAGAUUGAAAGUGAAAUUGAAGCAACAACUGUAUCUAGACUCUGCGAGAAGCUGACAGCUAAUCUGAAAUUCUAUAACACCAAGUCAAAGGACGAUGCACUUUUUCCGGCUAGAGUUGCCAGAGCACAGGAUGUGGCCAUGGCCUUGAUGAGGAAUGUUGCAAAACAGCGUCUGCAGAAUCAAGCCCAGAAGCCAAAACCUCAAGUGUCUCCACAACUUAACACGAGACCACCACCUCUUCAAGGAAAUGCCAAUUUGACACACAACGUUGGGAUUCUAAGUGGUUUUCCUGGGGCAAAUUUUCAAAAAUUUAAUAUAAAACAAAAUAUGCCAAAGGCAACUCCGUAUCCACAGGGGCAACAAUAUCCAUUUGGUCUCCUGAACCAGAAACAAGCAAUGCAAAUGAAAGAACCCCAGCAGAAAGCUGAAAAUACUCAGCUUGGUGAUUCCUUUAUGAAGAACCUAAGCCAGGAAGAUACUCAGUUUUUUAAGAAAUUAACGGCGUUGCUUGAUGUUCUUCCACAAAAUGCCUCAUCGUCUGACAGUUCACAAAUGAAUUCAAAAUUGCUGAUGUUAAAGUCACUGAUAGUAGACCAAAAGAGUGCAGAACAUGAACAAGCAAACCAGAAAUUGAUGACGCAGAUUGCCUCUAUGGUGAAGGAUACUAUAAGUGCACAGAAUGCCUCUCUAAAUCAGCAACUAAUGAUGUUAAUGAGCUCUCAGAAUAGCACGGCUAUGGUCAUGCAGACGGCCUCCCUUAGAAAUAACCUUAUGGGCCCAGAUGGCAUGAGUUCAGCUGGUUUCGUUCAAGGACUUCAGAGUUCGGGAAAUAUGCAGUCAAAUAUGAAUUCAUUGAUGCCUUUUAACCAGAAUAUUGGAAGCCAAAUGUAUGGACAGACGGGAAGAAUCGGAAUGGGGCCAGUGGAUCAGAGUGCCUAUCAAGUUCCACAGGUUGACAUGCAAAAUUUUCCUACUAGUUCGCAAAACUAUCCUAGCAUGCCCCAAAAGUAUCCUGGUACAUCACAGAAUCAUCCCAGUACAUCCCAAAACUUUCCUAGCACGUCCCAAAACUUUCCUAGCACGUCCCAAAACUAUCCUAGCACGUCCCAAAACUAUCCUAGCACGUCCCAAAACUAUCCUAGCACUUCCCAGAACUAUCCUAGUACAUCACAGGACUAUGACAAUUUCGCAUAUAGAAAUUCAGUGGAAGGAAAUUUUUCAAGACAAGGAGAACCAUAUGUCAGUAAGCGGGAUGGCAUUGCUAACACUCUGACUACGGGGCAAAAUGAACGAACGACUCUCACACAUACUGAUGAACCUAGCGUGUAUGACAAAGAAUUGGAUAAAUCUUAUUAUAGCAACCCAUCAAAACAAGUUCCAGAGUCUAGAUAUAAUGACCGUAUGGAAAAGCAGGCAUCAUAUACUAGAGUUUGCCUCUCACCGAGUUCUCCAAGAAAUCAGUAUGCUGAUUAUAAUGAAAAUCCAAGAGAAGAAAUCGGAAUACAAGACCAGAGACAACACAGCUUAAGAUCUUACAAUUCCUCUAACUGGGAUGAUCAGGAGGAGGAUAUGCGGUAUAUUAAGCGUGCCAGACUGGACUUAGACAAAAGAUCUGAUAGAUCGGAAAGUUACAGUAAUCAGUCACUUGAAUCUCUUGGCAUGAAUACAGCCAGCAUGCCGGAGGAGCUCCUAAAGAGGAUUAAAGGAAAGGAUUUGUUUACCACGUCAGCAAUUAUUAGCGAGUAUUCAGAAAGACGUUCUGGAAAAUAAGGAUAUUACAUGUGGCCGUGGACAACUACAAGAAUAUACGCUGAUGUCCAGUAUCUCCAUGAAAGGAGUCCUGAUUGUUUUAUUUCCUAAGCAAAUGAGUUUUGCCUAGUUUUAUGUAAAGAUUGUUUGUUUAAAGUAGGUCUGUGUUCACAUUUACAUGCAGCUUGAGUUUCUAUUCGAUGGAAAAAGUCUCACUUUGCUGGACAGGAAACAUUGCAUCUGCCUGUGUGUAGGUGUGAACACAGGAUAAGUUUUUUGUUUCCUCAGUAAAUAUGUACAGGCGAUUAUUGUGCAGUUUUAGUAACAUCCUACAGUGGUUGCUAGUGUCUUGUGAAGUGUUUUGUUAAUGACUUUGCCAUUUAAAUUCAUGCAGCAGCUGGUAAUUUGUAUAGUUUCAUUAAAUCCAUCAUUUGGCCACCUGUA